AUGUCUGCAAAUAUUGCGGAUGCGGAAAAUCUGAAAGACGAGGGGAACGCAGCUUUUAAAAGAGGCGAGUUGAAGGAAGCUAUUGAGCGUUACACCGAAGCACUGGAACUCGAUCCACAAAAAUCUCUCAAAGCGACGAUCUAUAGGAACCGAGCAAUGGUUCGGCUGAAAAUGGACGACUUCGAAGGUUGCGAAUACGAUGCUUCACGUGAUGUUAUAGCUUUAGCAGUAGCAAUUGUGAAAGGAUUAUCAGUUGCAUUGUUGGGCGAAGAUGCUCUGCGAUGGACUACAGCUACACAGAGUAUUUAA